AUGGAAGAAAAAAAUUUGAAUUUAUCUAAACCUUCAAGUUUAGAUAUCCUAGAAUCUUCUUAUUUAAAACUUAAAUAUUGGAUAGAAGACUCUCUAGACCUAUUUAAAAAUGAUUUACUUCCAUUAUUAUAUCCAUUAUUUGUUCAUAUUUAUUUUGACUUAAUACAGCAAAAUAAACCAGAAGAGGCUAAGUCAUUUUUUAUAAAAUAUUGUAAAGAUCAUGAAAGUAAAAAACAAGAAUUAAAGUAUUUUGAAAGUAUUUAUACUCCACAACAUAUUCAUGAAAAUAAUUUAGCAUAUACUUUUAGAACAUCUAAAUAUUAUCUACCAAUGGGUAGAUAUGCUUUUGAUCUACUUCUUAAUUUUUUAGAAGAAAAUAAUUUUACGUAUAUUCUUAAGGUUCUAAAUCAAUACUUAAAUAUUAGAAUUUAUUCUGGGGUUAAAAAUGAUGACAUUCCACAAGGCAUAGAUGUCUCACCGGGAGAUGCGGAAAUAGAUCUAACAACAUUUUUGGUGUCUAAGGAAUGUGAAGAAGCUAUCUUGGUCGAUGAGCAAUAUAAAUAUGACCAUUUAGAAGCUUAUGCAAUACAAUUAAAAAAACAAAGAGAGCUAAAAGAGGCAGACACAUUUAAUAGACCGAAUGCGUCACAGAUAAAUGCGGAAAUUGAAAAAUUAAAAGAUUUAUGUAAAAGAGUAUCAGUUAAUAAAAAUAAUCUACCAAGCAUUUGUUGUUAUACUAUCCAUAAUACAUAUGAAGGGCUGACUGCUGUAGAAAUUUCAAAUAAUUCUAAAUUGUUGGCUUGUGGAUUUAAGGAUAGUUAUAUCGAUUUAUUUUCAUUAACAAAAGAACCCUUGAGAAAACUUAAAUCAUCAAGCGAUUUAGCAAAAUCAGAUAUUAAAAUGUCUAUUGAAGAAAAGUUUGAAGAUGUAGGAUUUUUUUAUAGACUUGUAGGACAUGCUGGUCCUGUUUACGGUGUAAAAUUUUUUUCUUCUAACAAAUUUUUACUGUCAUGCUCACAAGACUGUACGAUACGUUUGUGGAGUCUAGAUUUACUAGCCCCUGUCGGUGUUUACAAAUCGCACGUUUUUCCUAUUUGGUCGAUAGAUAUUGCAUCUAACGAUUUUUACUUUGCAAGCGGUUCUGCCGACCGACAAGCUGUUAUUUGGUCUGUUACUGGUGACAAACCUGAAAGAUUAAUCGUUACUGCAUUGAGUGACGUUACAGCUGUAAAAUUUCAUCCUAAUUCUAAAUAUCUUUUUACUGGAUCAGCUGAUCAUAAAAUUAGAAUGCACGAUAUCAGUAAUGCGCAACUCGUUAGGACUUUUCAUGGUCACACAGACACAGUUACAUGCUUUGAUAUUUCACAUUGUGGUAAAUUAUUGGUUUCCGGGAGUAAAGAUAAACAUUUAAUUCUGUGGGAUAUUCAAAACGGAAAAAGUUUAAUAAAAUUUCCAGGACAUGAUUCUGCUGUUUUUUCUGUAUCUUUCAGUUGGUAUGGCACUAUUAUCGCAUCAUCUGGUGCGGAUAAUUGUGUAAAAUUAUGGGAUAAGACAGAUCCUAAAGGUAAUUGUUUAGGAACUUAUUAUACGAAAAACACGCCAUUAUUUUGUGUUAAGUUUGGUUACAGGAAUAUUAUAUCGACAGCUGGUCCCUUUUUAGGCAAUUAA